AGUCCCCAACAGAAUACCAGAAAAGGAAGGUUUUUCUUUGUCAAAAUAAAAAAAAAAAAGUUAUUUUCUUUUUUUAAAUUUAAAAAAGUGUUCUUCCAACGAAGCUUUCCUUCUCUCUUAAAGUUAAUCUGCCUCUCUUCAUUCCCUUGGACUUUUUCCAACUGGACAUUGAUUUUGUGCAUAAACAGGUCAAGGAUGGGGAAAACUGAAACGGGUAUGUUUGGUUUUUGAGGAAAAAAGAAAGAUAAGAUAGGUUGGAAGGAUUGAUUGAAUAUUUGAAAUGGAAGGAGGGUUAAGUGGAAACACUGUUGUGCCAAAUUCAAAUGAUAAAUCCACAGUUUUGGAUGUAAAACCGUUACGUAUGUUGAUUCCUCAAUUCCCGGACACCUCUGAGGGUCCUCCUUUUGUUUGUGUUCCUCCUAAUGGUCCUUUCCCAUCUGGGUUUUCGCCCUUUUUCCCAUUUAGUGGACCACAAGGAUCUCAAUCUACACCUGACCUUAACCAGAAUGGCCUCAUUUCAACCAUUUUGCCGAUUCGGUCAUUUAGGGUGGAAAAUGCAUCUCCAAUGGAUGCUGCACAUGGCACUCACAAGCAAAAAUUGGUUGCAUCAAGUUCUGUUAAGAAGAAGGCAAAGGUGGACAAAGGUUCUAAGUUAUCGUUCACUACUCCUAUUAAUUUCGAUCCUGGAAUUAGUUUAUCCGAACGAGAUGAUGGUAACAGGGAAUUGGUUGAAAAUGUGCUUUCGAGGUUUGAUGCUCUUAGGAGAAAGCUUAGCCAAAUGGAAGAUGCGGUGGAAUUGCAUUCUGGGAUCAUUAAGCGAUCGGAUUUGAAAGCUGGCAACAUGAUGAUGAGUAAAGGGGUGCGGACUAACAUGAAAAAGAGGAUUGGGGCUGUUCCUGGUGUUGAAAUUGGGGACAUUUUCUUCUUCCGGAUGGAGUUGUGUUUGGUGGGAUUGCAUGCUCAGUCUAUGGCUGGAAUUGACUAUAUCAAGGGUGAGUUAGAGGGAGAGUUAGUGGCUUUAAGCAUUGUUUCGUCUGGAGGGUAUGAUAAUGAUGCUGAAGAUCCUGAUAUUUUGAUAUAUAGUGGUCAAGGUGGGAAUGCUGGUAGAGAUAAAGAAGCAUCUGAUCAGAAGCUUGAGAGGGGCAAUCUCGCUUUGGAGAAGAGCUUGCACCGAGGCAAUGAAGUAAGAGUGAUUCGGGGUUUCAAGGAUGCUAUCUUUCAAGCGUCCAAGGUCUAUGUAUAUGAUGGGCUUUACAAGAUCCAAGAGUCGUGGAUGGAGAAGGGAAAAUCAGGUUGCAAUACGUUCAAGUAUAAAUUGGUUAGGAUCCCUGGCCAAACUGGUGCUUUUGCAACUUGGAAAUCAAUUCUCAAGUGGAAAGAAGGUGUGUCUUCCAGGGUCGGAAUUAUUCUUCCUGACCUCACUUCAGGUGCAGAAAUCACGCCUGUUGCACUUGUAAAUGAGGUUGAUGAUGAAAAGGGACCUGCUUGCUUCACAUAUUUAGCUACUGCCAAGUAUUUGAAAUCAUUCAACUUAGUGCAAACUACUUUAGGCUGCAAUUGUCAUGAUGCAUGCCGACCGGGAAAUUCUAACUGCUCUUGUAUUAAAAAAAAUGGAGGUGAUUUCCCUUACAUUGCCAAUGGUGUUCUAGCAUGUCGGAAACCCUUGAUAUAUGAAUGUGGUCCUUCAUGUCCAUGCAUUCGGAACUGCAAAAAUAGAGUUUCACAGGGUGGCUUGAAAUUUCACUUGGAAGUUUUUAAGACAAGUGAUAGGGGUUGGGGUCUCCGGUCAUGGGACUCUAUUCGUGCCGGAGCAUUUAUUUGUGAAUAUGCUGGUGAAGUUUUUGACAGUGAUAAGGCAAGGCAGGAUGAUGGAGAUGGUGAAAUUAAUGAAUACAUUUUUUAUACAAACAGACUCUAUGAGCCCUUCAAGUGGAAUUAUGAACCUGAGUCAGUAGGAGAGGCAAGUUCAGACGCCACCGAAGAUUAUGAUAUUCCAUCUCCUCUGACCAUAAGUGCAAAGAACAAUGGAAAUGUAGCUCGAUUUAUGAAUCAUAGUUGCACUCCAAAUGUUUUCUGGCAGCCAAUUGUAUACGAGCAUAAUAAUGGAGCUUAUCUCCAUAUCUGUUUCUUUGCAAAGAAACGCAUACCUCCUAUGACCGAGUUGACAUAUGAUUAUGGUACUCCAUGCCAAAAUGAGACUGAAGGUGACAACACAACAUCUGGAAGAAAGGUAUGCUUAUGUGGAUCACCGAAAUGCCGGGGUUAUUUUUAUUGAGGUUUAGGUUGCAUUCGGCGAAAGAUGUCUGGAAUCUCGCUCAUCUUUUGUGAUUAUCUAUACAUGCAGUUCAUCUCUACUUCUUUAUAGCUUGUUUUAGGGAUGCAGAUUAUAGUUUUCCUGUGGCUGCCAUUACAUGCAGAAGAACUGACAACAUAUAGAAACCAUGUAUAUGAACGUUAUCUUACUUCUUUUGUAUUAAAAAAAAAAAAAGGUUUAUGUUUCCAGUAGUUAGGAUAUGCCAAAGUACAUGGUAUUUAACUUCAUUAUUCUUGUUAAGAAUCAGCCAACCCCAAUUAAUAUUUUGGGAACAAGACUUGUUGGUUCGGUUCCGUUCGGCUAUCCUUGUCAAUUAUGAAUUUUGGUUAGUUUACUAUUGGUUGUUUCAAGUUUCA